AGACCAAAAGAAAUAUUUGCUAGACAUUUGCUGGCAACAAGAGGGCAGAAAUCCGGCGAGACUCUUACAGAAUUUCUCCAAGAACUUCGAAAACUUAGCAAAGAUUGUAACCUUAAGAACGUAACUGCUGAACAGUAUUGUGAGGAAUUGGUUCGUGAUUACUUUAUUAAUGGCCUCUUAUCACCUUUGAUUCGCCAACGGCUCCUAGAAAAUAAACAGCUCGACCUUCAAACUGCUUUUGACCAAGAAAAUGCCUUGGACUUGGCUCAAAAGAAUUCUGAAGCAUAUAGGAUGCCUGAAAUAACUACAACUGCAGCAGUCUCUUCCCAUCUGACAGAUGAGGUUCCUGGAGCUCAUGCCUUAGAUUAUGAUUCUCUAGCAGCUACAUUCACAUCGAAGAAAUGCUACUUUUGUGGUGAUAAUCUCCACAACAGAAUUCUAAUUGUAACAACUGUGGAAAGAAAGGACAUUAUGCUAAAGUUUGCAAGUCAAAAGCGCCUGCAAUCACCACUGCUUCUAUGUUCACGCCUACUCUUUGUUCAAUUGUUGCAAGUUGUCCAGAAAGUCUAAAACAAGCAUCUGUAAAAGUAAGUCUCUAUUGGCUGUAUUGAACUGACCGCACUCAUUGACUCUGGGAGUUCGGAAAGCUUUAUAAGUGAAACUAUGGCAAGGAAACUGUCUCUCAAGCUUCAUGCAUCAACACAGAAGAUAUCUAUGGCCCUAACAUCUUUUAAACUCAGAUCCUUGGUCACUGUUUUAACGGAUGUUGUAAUUAAUCAAUUUUGCUACUCAUCCAUUCGUUUGGGAGUCUUGAAAGAUCUCUGUAGUGAUAUUAUCCUUGGGCAAGACUUCCAGAAGAAGCACAAGCGGGUCACCAUAGAGUUUGGCGUUACUAGACCAGAACUAGUAAUUCCUAGGCCUGCCUGUCCUCUUUCUUCGACAGCCUCCAUCGAGGAGCUUCAUUGUUUGGAAACCUUCUCCCUGACUGUAAGCCUAUCGCCAGUAGAUCUAGGUGCUUUAGCAAAGAAGACCAGUCAAUCAGGAAGUUACAAAACUCCUGUCUGAAGGAAUUAUUGAACCUACCAUAACACCAUGGAGAGCACAAAUUGUUGUUUCUAAAGAUCCCUCAAACCGGCACAAGAAGGGGCUCUGUAUUGAUUACUCUCAAACCAUCAAUCAAUACACAGAGCUUGAUGCGUGCCCUCUUCCUCAGAUCGAUGACGUGAUCAACAACCUAGCACAAUACAAAGUUUUCUCAACAUUUGAUUCAAAGAGUGCUUACCAUCAAGUGCCAAUAAAGGAGUCCGAUCGAAAGUUUACUGGGUUUGAAGCUAAUGGAAGACUGUAUCAAUUUUGCCGUAUGCCGUUUGGCAUCACUAACGGAGUGGCUGCUUUCCAGAGAGCAGUGGACAAUUUUGUUGAUGAGGAGAACCUCAAUGACACAUUUCCUCCAUAUCUGGACAACAUAACAGUGGCUGGGCGAGAUCAAAAGGAACAUGACGUAAAUGUCCAGGCAUUUCAUGAAGCAGUCCAACGCAGGAACCUUACCUUGAAUGAAAGCAAAUCAAUCGAAUCCAAGACAUCCAUCAAUGUAUUAGGUUAUCGGGUUGGAAAUGGGGUGAUCGCUCCUGACGAGGAAAGACUCCGCCCACUUCAAGAUUUUCCGCCGCCAGAGAGUAUCCGCUCCCUUCGCAGGGCGAUUGGCAUGUUUGCUUACUAUGCGAAGUGGAUACCGAAUUUCUCUGAUAAGAUAAGACCCUUGACGCAAGAUAAGAUAAGGCAGCAUUAUCGGCAUUUAACACGCUUAAGAAGGAACUUGAAGGUGCAACUCUUCAUUCCAUAGAUGAAACUCUUCCCUUUGUGGUUGAGAGUGAUGCGUCACAUGUCGCUUUGUCUGCUACACUUAACCAAGAUACGUUACACCGCAACUACUCGAAAAAACUUUAUUUUAUAGCUAUUGAUUCAUCUAAAUAGGAAUAUUUUCUUGCGAAGAGAAGCGUUAAAACAAAAGUUGGAUCGCUUCCUAUUUUUUCGCUUUUGCGUGAGAAAAUAGUGUUUAUGCGUGUGAGCGUGAGAAAUAUGUCAAAUGCGUGUGUCUCACGCAAAAUGUGUGAGAGUUGGAAGGUCUGCAUGGAGCCAAUUAACAAUACUCCACUUUGGCUUUAAACAAACAAUACUAUAAUGGUAUACAGCAUUUGCGGCCAUGUUGUAUCAGACAUACAACCUCUCGCAUUCAGUUUGUAUAGCUGAUCCAACAUGGCCACUUAUGUUGUAUAUAUUAUGUAUAUACACUAAUGACAAUUGUGAUACAUUGGUAAAGAAAAGAAGGAAAAUAAACUUACUGUAGGAGUGCAUUUUCUUGUUCUGUCCAAUUUAUUUCCUGUUGCAUCAGCUCAAAAUCAUUUAGAUCACCUGCAUCCAAUUCCAGAUACUGGUAACCAUACAGUACAUUUUGGUAUCUCUGCAUGACCCAUUCAAAUAAAUAUAUGGUACAGAACAUGUCACUCAUUAUUAUAAAUGUAAUAAAAUAACAACAUGUCAACAGCCAUUCACCAUUUGGUACAUGUAUCAUAAACUAAUACAAUAGCUAUGAUUCACAUGGACUUUGAGAAACUUCUGGUUUUGAAUGUUGAAAUCAGAGGCUGGUUAUUUUCAAGGUGGCAUAUACUCAUAAUAUUCAAAGGUUGAUUGGGAGACUAAUGGAGACAUUUAUCAUUAUCCUGGCUAAUAUUUUAAAUUUUGUAAUAAUAAUUCCAGUCAGGAUACACUAGUUAUUCACACUUUGGUACUGAAAACCAUAGAAGGAUAAAAAUUAAUUAAUGUUAUCAUAUUGCCAUGAAUCAAGUUUCUAAAAAGGGUCAAUUUGUGGCAGUAAGUUUUAAAUUAAAGCUUGGAAGGCUUUCACUCAAAACCUCUUGAGAUAUUAUUUAAAAUCUCUUUCUCUUUGGGUGAGGUACCAAGUAGUUUAUGAUAGAAAAAAUAAUUCCAGUUCAUAAGGGUGGAUCUCAGAGUUGUCUAAACAAUUAUCGACCAAUUUCACUUCUUUCUAUAUUUAAUAAAUUGUUGGAAAAACUUCUGUAUAAUAGGUUAAUUGACUUUCUUGAUAAGAGAAAUAUGCUGUAUGAAAAACAUUUGGUUUUCGUGCCAAUCAUUCUACUAAUCGUGCAAUGUUAAGUAUCAUUGAUAAAAUACAGUUAUCAAUAGAGGAGCGAAUUUGCUCUGGUGGAAUAUUCCUUGACUUUAGUAAAGCCUUUGAUACAGUUGAUAAUAGUAUUUUAAUUAAAAAAUGGAUAAGUUUGGAAUUCGUGGAAUUGCAAGUGAAUGGUUUGCUUCGUAUUUUACGAAUAGACAACAGUACGUUUCCUUAAAUAAUAUUUUAUCUGAUUAUAAUACAGUCACUUGUGGUAUUCCUCAGGGGUCAGUUCUCGGUCCUCUUUUAUUUCUGAUGUAUAUAAAUUAUUUCAAUAGGUGCUCGGAAAUCUUAGAUUUCCAUCUUUUUGCAGAUGAUUCUAACUUAUUUUACAAACAUAAGAAUCUUGUAGAGCUUCAAACAAAUCUAAAUGGGGACUUACAUAAUAUUCAUGUUUGGUUGUGUGCUAAUAAGCUGUCUCUAAAUGUUGAUAAAUCAAACUUUGUGAUAUUUCAUCCUCCUCAAAAGAAAAUAAAUGAUAUAAAACUAAAUAUUAAAGGAGUGAUGUCAAUAUCUGCGCAUCUUUUCUGCGCACGCCAACUUGAAAACUACUGCCGUAGUUUUUCAAGUUUUCCAAUCCAAUAUGGUGGAUUUGCGAAGUGGCUCGCAUGGUGGCAAAUGAAACAAUUCUGGCCGGAAAAGGAAGUACGAGGGACGAAAUGCGCAGAAAAACUGGGACAAGAAACACAGGAAAAUAUUCGUAACCUUGACGAUAUUUAAUUCUUGGAAAGAUGCCAAAAGUAUUGCAGGAUAUUAGAUAUGCAGUGACAGUGAAUUUGCAGCAAAUCUACUUUCAUUGGAAUACCGAAGAAGGUACGAUUGUCUGUAAUAGCCAUUAAUAAGUUUUAAUGUCCUGUUCGAUUAAUGCACGGAUUGCUAAGAUCACUGAUCAUUAUAUACUUUUUUUAUAUAAGGUCUGAUGAAACAAGGGAAUACAUACAACCAGCUGAACGGCCUGAACCAAGUUCGAACGCAAUAGGUUGUUGUUAUUACUAAGUGGUAUAUGUCAUUAUUUUACUGCAAACAGACGUGGUUUGGAAGCUAGAGAGCCGCAGAAUGUAACAGAAGUGAAGAGUUUCUUGGGCUUGGUGAAUUACAAUGCAAGAUUUAUUCCAGAUCUCGCAACUGUUGCAGAGCCAAUGAGACUAUUGACGAAGCUAGGAGUACCAUUUGUUUUUGGUCCUGAGCAGCAAGAAUUGUUUAGAGAACUGAAACGUAGGCUUGCCCAAGCGGAAACCUUGAGUUAUUUCGAUCGAGAUGCGAAGACCAAGAUUGUUUGUGACGCAAGUCCAGUUGGGCUAGGGGCAAUUUUACUACAAGAGCACAAAGGAGAGGAUCAAGUAAUUUGUUAUGCCAGCAAAGGUCUUACCGAGGUUGAAAGACGAUACUUGCAGACUGAGAAGGAGGCCUUAGCAGUGGUGUGGUCGUGCGGAAGGUUCCACGUCUACUUGUACAGAAGACAGUUUGAACUGUGGAUUGACCAUAAACCUUUAGAAUGUAUCUAUUCAGCUUGUUCUAGACCAUCAGCGAGAAUCGAGAGAUGGGUUUUGAGACUUCAACCGUAUUUGUUUACAGUGAAAUACCUGCCGGGGCAUUUAAAUGUUGCAGAUUCAUUGUCACGUUUGACAAAGAUCGGAGAGAUGAAGUCCGGAAGUAUAGCUGACGAUUAUGCCAGUUUUGUUGCAAAGACAGCAAUUCCAAGAGCCAUGAAUUCCAGAGAAAUUGAAGAAGCAUCUUCUUGCGAUGAAGAAUGA